CGGAGGCCGGCCGGCCGCAGCAUGGCUCACGGGCCCGGCGCGCUGAUGCUCAAGUGCGUGGUGGUCGGCGAUGGGGCGGUGGGCAAGACGUGCCUACUCAUGAGCUAUGCCAACGACGCCUUUCCGGAGGAGUACGUGCCCACCGUCUUCGACCACUACGCAGUCAGCGUCACCGUGGGGGGCAAGCAGUACCUUCUGGGACUCUAUGACACGGCCGGACAGGAAGACUAUGAUCGUCUGAGGCCUUUAUCUUAUCCUAUGACCGACGUCUUCCUUAUAUGCUUCUCUGUGGUAAAUCCAGCCUCAUUUCAAAACGUGAAGGAGGAGUGGGUGCCAGAACUUAAAGAAUACGCACCAAAUGUACCCUUUUUAUUAAUAGGAACUCAGAUUGAUCUCCGAGAUGACCCCAAAACUUUAGCAAGACUGAAUGAUAUGAAAGAAAAACCUAUAUGUGUGGAACAAGGACAGAAACUAGCAAAAGAGAUAGGAGCAUGCUGCUACGUGGAAUGUUCAGCUUUAACCCAGAAGGGAUUGAAGACUGUUUUUGAUGAGGCUAUCAUAGCCAUUUUAACUCCAAAGAAACACACAGUAAAAAAACGAAUUGGAUCAAGAUGUAUAAACUGUUGUCUGAUUACGUGAGAAGUGUCUACAGUGGCCAAGGAAACUGUCUCUUUCUCUCAGAAAGAAUACGAAAUGCUACAGCUAUACGCAGACCUUUUAUAGAUAAUGAAGCAGUUUAAAACUUGAAAAAAAAAAAAAAUCCGCCCUCAGAAU